GCGCGGCCUUCGUGUCCAAGUGGCUUUGGCCACUAUAAAAGCCACCCAACGCGAUCAACUCAACAUCAAACCAAGCUCUCAGCUUCAAGUAGUCACAACUACCAAACAAACCAACCCAAACAAUCAACAUGAAAUUCUUCGCCGUCUGCUUCUUCGCUGUUGUGGCUGUGGCUGCUGCCAAGCCCGGAAUCGUGGCUCCUCUGGCCGCCGCUCCUCUGGCUUAUACCGCUCCGGCUGUGGUGGGCAGUGCCGCCUACGUGGCGCCCUACGCCUCCAGCUACACCGCCAACACGGUGGCCCACAGUGCCGCCUUCCCCGCCGCCUACACCGCCCCCAUUGCCGCUCCUCUGGCCGCCGCCUAUACCGCUCCAGUUGCCGCCGCUUACUCCGCUCCCAUCGCUGCCGCCUACGCCGCCCCAGCUGCCUACACCGCUGCCUAUACCGCUCCCGUUGCCGCCGCCUACACCGCCCCCAUCGCCCGCUACGCUGCCGCUCUCGCCGCCCCUGUGGCAGCUGCCUACACCGCCCCCAUUGCCGCAGCCGCCGCUCCCGUUCUCCUCAAGAAGUAA